ACCAGAAGUAAAGCAACCCUCAACCACCACAGCAACACGGCGCCUCAGUCUGUGAUCAGUAUCUGUUUGAGAAAGUCCAACAUGAAGUGGAUUAUUCUUUAUCUCCUAACACUUUGCUUCCCUACAACCAGAGCUGGCUGUAACUCUCAAGUUAUCAUUGAGUGUAUAAGACAGGUUAAUGUAACGGGGAUUGAGUGCUAUAGAAAUGACGAUUCAACCUGCAGACCAAGCCGUCAAUUACAUGACACUGUUAAGGUCAAUGUGAGAGCAUCAGUCCAGGUGGAAAUACGCCCCAUGUCCAAUCACGAGGUCCGAAUCCCAUUAUCAGCUCUUCGGGAACGGAAAAGAAUACAGUCGAUGGAAACCGUCCAGGUGGUUGCCUCGGUGAUCAACAUCACAGUAUUUCAGAACAACUCCGGUACGCAGCCGACUAUAGAGGGAACUGUUUUAGGAGGACAUGUCCUGUGUGUGAAGGUUGGAAACCAGCGAAUCAGCAAUCUUGCUGAGCCGGUCCAGUUAAUCUUCUACCACAAUAAAACGGAGAACAGUGGAACAUGUGUGUUUUGGAAGGAGGAUGAAACAGAGUGGAGUAGUGAAGGCUGUUCUACCACUAAAACCGAAGAUGAAUUUAUCUGCAGCUGCAACCAUCUGAGCUUUUUCGCUGUGCUUGUGAAUCCAGAUUUGAAGGUGGAUGAGGAUCAUGUUAAGGCUCUCAGCUACAUCACCUACGUUGGAUCGGCGCUCUCUGCCUUCUUUGCUUUCAUCAGCCUGUUCAUCUAUGUUGGUCUGCAUCGACGACGUUCGGAAAAGGCCCUCAGCAUCCACAUGCAGCUAACAACAGCGUUGUUGUGCCUCCACCUCGGCUUCCUGAGUGGCAGUUUCUGGUCUUUUCUGCCAGAUGAGAACAAGUACAGCUGGGUUUGUGGAGGUCUGGGCCUCUUCCUGCACUGGUCUCUGCUGGCCACCUUCACCUGGGUGGCUGUGGAAGGAUUCCACCUUUACCUUCUCCUCAUCCGAGUCUUUAACAUCUACGUCAGAAGAUACCUGCUCAAACUCUGCCUGGUGGGAUGGGGUUUUCCUACCCUUGUUGUGGCAAUUUGUGGGCCUUUACGUGUCUAUGGCAGAAACACUCUGAAAUGGAGGGAUUCCAACAACCAAACAUCAGAAAUAUGCUGGAUGAAUAGUGACAUCCCACAGACAAAGUUGGUCACGUACAUCACUGUGGCUUUUCUUUGCCUGGUGGUUCUGUAUAAUACCUGCAUGCUGUUGCUGGUGGUGUUUAAAAUGCGGGAGUUACGACGUGGCAGAGGAGACCGCGAGUCCAGCGACUGGAAGAAGAUGAGCAAGGAGAAAGAGUCCAGGUUAUGGAAGGACGGCGUCACAGUUCUCGGCCUCAGCUGUGUACUGGGGUUACCAUGGGGACUAGCCAUCCUCACCUAUGUUAACUUACCUGGAAUCUACUUGUUCACCAUCUUUAACUCUCUGCAAGGUCUAUUUAUCUUCCUGUGGUCAGUGGCUUUAUCAUGCAAGUCUCGAUCAGAAAACAACUCUUCAGUCCGAGAUCCUUCCACCCAGAAAAUGAUGACAACCAGCUUCAAUAACUGAAUCACUGAUUUUUGCUGUAUGAACAAAAAGUGCCUAUAUUAGGUGUUGACUGACUAGUGGAUUCCUUUUAUAUGCAUUAUAAUAUUGCAUACAAUGACUAUUUUUGCUAAUGUUAGACUUUUCUAUAAGAUUUGUUUAAAAAGAAACACCGGAAAGUCACAAAAGACCACUGGUCUCACUACUAUCAAACAGAACACAAAAUGACAUAAUAUAAUAAUACCCUAUUCCCCCCUACAUAGAAAAUCCUUAGUCGUAAAACUGCUUUUGUUUGUGUUAGUUCCUGGGGUCUCCUAAUCUUAUCAACACCAGCCCCCUUGCUUUUGUUUUGUGUUAAUAAAAGGCAAGCUCUACUGCAGAGUUUCAGAACAUAUGGUGAACUGUUCAGAGGAGCAGUUUGCUGUGUCUUCUCCUUCUGCAGAAGCUUGGCUGAAAGCUCA